AUGAAGCGCAAUUGCACCCAUUCACAUGGACACUUAAUACGUCCACCCGGAUGGAGCGAAGAAACUACGUCGAGUCAGGAAGAAGAAACACCGCCGCCGGCUAGGAAGAUUCUGAGGAGGCUAUUGGAAGACGAAGUGCAAAAAGCCUUACGCGAGCUAAAUGAAGAAAUACCAGUUGGCGCGAAAACUAAGGUACACCAUGCAGCUUCACUUAUUCCUGAGUUUGAUCCCGAUAGCGACGACUGCACUACGGUAACUGCAUGGCUAAGGAAGAUCGAGCAACUCGGAGAAAUUCACGGUUGGAACGAUAACACCAAAGCGUUCCACCUUCAAGAAAAACUGAGAGGUCAGGCAAGGAAGUGGUACAACCGUCUUGAUGACUAUAAUUAUACCUGGGAAGACUGGAAGCAGAUGCUGACGCGCGCUUUUCCUAGACAUCGCGACUUCGGUAACAUGCUUGACGAAAUGAUAAGUCGGAAGAAGCUACCUACGGAGUCCAUGACUAAAUAUUACCAGGAUAAAGUCGCCAUGUGCUUCAGGUGCAAGUUGUCCGACAGCGCUACCGUGUCGUGCAUCAUACGUGGCUUGCCUCCAUCACUGCAAGCUAAUGCACGAGCAUUUCAGUGCGAACGACCUGAAGAAUUAUACGAAGGAUUUCUCUGCGCCCUGGACGAUUAUCAAGCUCCAUCUUUUACCACGCGGCCGCUGCAUAAAGAUAUUACCCCGAGAUCGGCACUUGAUAAGAAAAACAUGACAGUCAAUCCAGACGUCGAUCCCUGCCCACGAUGUAAAAAGACUGGUCACAUUUUGCGCAAUUGUCCACAUCCGGAUUUAAGGACAUGUUUUAGAUGUGGAAAGCAAGGUCACAUCGCAACGCACUGCAAUGCGAGCAGCAAACCAUCACCAGCUGAAGAUAACGUCAAGAUUGUUAAGGAGAUCAAGGUACUGCAGAACUAUAACCAAAUCUAUGAAAAGGUCGUUAAAAUCAAUGGCGUGCAUGUAAAAUCCUAUCUUGACACUGGGAGCCAAGUUAACGUACUUUCAAUCCACGUUUGUCAACUGCUUAACCUUGAAAUCACUCCAACUAGUAUUAUCCUCAAGGGAUUUACCGGUCAACACUUGAACAGUCGUGGAAAAGUCAACUUCCAGAUGGAAAUCGAUGGAAUCGCGGUGGAAUGUGAAGCUCAUCUUACCGACGUGGAUAUGGGAAACAUCCACCUAUUAAUUGGACAACCAAUUAUAAACCAAAAUGGUAUAUCCUUAGUUGUCAGUAAUGGCAUUGCCACGCUCAAACAGGACGACGAUUUUAUCAAGGUGAUAGAGGUUAUUGAGAAGCCAACACGUUUUAAGGUGGUUACAACAUGCAACGAAACCAUACCACCCGGAUCUUCAAUAAUCAAGGUCGGCAUAAUCAACAACGAUGACGGCGACGACGUCGUCACUUCACCACGACACUACGAAUUAGGAGGCGCCUCGUAUUCCAUCCCUGCCACCCUCCUGCGAGGCUCAACCGGGUACCUGAAGGUCAUCAACAACGGCACCCAGAACAUCAACUGGCAGUCGAGUGAGGUGCUGACCAGAGCGGACAAAUGCGACGCGCCGCCUCAAGCCAAUGCUCAGGAUAUAGUUAGAACUAAAAUAUCUGAAUUGUUGGAUGCCGGCAUCAUACGGGAGUCAGAGUCUUGUUUUGCUUCCCCCGUCAUCCUUGUCAAGAAGAAGAACGGCGAUUAUAGGCUUUGUCUUGUAGCAGCGGAUUCAUUGAGGCCCUAUAAGAGCAUGAUGCCUAUAUCUGACAGUGCCAGCAGUUCUGAUGAACAACUUGAGACUGAAGACUUGAUUGACUUACUCGAGAGCUAA